GGCGACCUCUCAUAGCUCGGCCAUGUUGACCAGUGAGGGGGCGCACACCAUGGACCAGGAUGACCACAGCGCCAAGAUGGCCUCCACAAGUUCAGAUGGAGGCGAGACGAUGACUGACACCGACGUCGACAUGGACAUGGACGAGGCAGACAUGACGCAAUGGACAGAGAAGGAGUUUGAGGAAAAGCGCAUAUACAUUGUCAAAGACACGGCGUUGGAGGCGGGGCCAGACAGUGACGCCACGAUGACGACGACACGAGCAGAGGCGUCGCUGCCCCGGAACCUGGUCUUCAAACACCUGGCAGGCAGCAAGGAGGUGGUCGGCGUGUGCAGCAGGGAGUACAUCCCUAAAGGAACUCGCUUCGGUCCCUUGGUGGGCGAGAUUUACACAGCGGACAGCGUACCCAAAGACGCCAACCGCAAGUACUUCUGGAGGAUCUAUGCGGAUGGCGAGUUUCAUCACUUUGUCGAUGGUCUGGAUGAGACGCGCUCGAACUGGAUGCGGUACGUGAACCCGGCCCACUCCGCCGCCGAGCAGAACCUGGCCGCGUGUCAGAACGGCAUGGAGAUUUAUUUCUACACUGUGAAGCCCGUACCUGCUGGCGCCGAGCUGCUCGUCUGGUACUGUCACGACUUCGCCCGACGCCUGCAGUACCCGCCGUCAGGAGAGCUGAUGAUGCAGAAACUUAAGCAGUCGCUAUUAGAGGUGAAGCAGCAGCAGGUGGACAGACGGGGGAGCAGAAUUGAAGUGUUCAGCCCAUCUCCCGUCGCAUUAACGCCCAGCCCUCCCAAGAGAGAGCACAGUGUCCUUUCCAUUCUGCGUGGCACCAACAGCACCUCUUCCUCAUCUACCACCAAGAGGGAGCCCAGCCGUCCCCUCCCUACCCGCCCUCGCUGUGCUGACAGCCCAGAUCGCCCCCUGUACCCCCGGGCCAUCUAUCCACAUCUCAGACCACAUCUUCACAUCUCAGAAGACUUCCUUAGCCACAAGUCUGGUCAGAUUGUUUACCCCUUAACUCAUUCCCCUGGCAAACAGUCUUCAGCCACCCCAAGUCCAUCUGCAAGAAGCAGCCCAGACAGCAGUCCUCAAGGUAGCCCUUCUGGACCAGCACCAUCACCUGCUUCUUUCUAUCCCACAGGACUGAGUUCCUACACUGGUUACUCCCCUCCAUCUGCCACACUCUCGUCACCAUUCUACACUUCGGGAGCCCCCUACUCUCGUUACCUUCUUCCCCAUCACUAUCCUCUACCUGGCGGCGUCCCUGCCAUAGGAGGAAUCUUUCCCAGGAUAUACCCUGUCUACAGCAACCUCUUACCCCCUCAUGUGCCCCUUCUGCCUUCUGACCCAGCAGGGAGGCGCUUCCUUAUGCCUGAACCUGUGCACCCCUCCUCUAUCUCUGGCCACAGAGACUUCCUACUUCCUGGGCCCACCAGUGCCUUUUCUGCCGCUACUACCUUGAAAGACAAGGCAGGGCCUCACAACUCCUAUACCAUGCACCCUAACCUGCAUGGACCAGCCCAUGCUCCUUCCAGUGGCUCACCGACUGCUGGCACAGCACCUCCCAGCGAGCAGAUGCCCACUAAGCCUACCUCUGCCCUCCUGGGCAAUUCUAGCGAACAUCAUUCUGAUGAAGAGGCUAUAAACCUGACCAAAGUGAAGCGUGGCGCAGGCUCAGCAGGCUACAAGGCACUGCCUUAUCCUCUGAAAAAGCAAAAUGGCAAAAUCAAGUAUGAGUGCAACGUGUGCAGUAAGACCUUUGGGCAGCUGUCAAAUCUGAAGGUUCAUCUUCGUGUGCACAGCGGCGAGAGACCCUUCAAAUGUCAGACCUGUAACAAAGGUUUCACUCAGCUUGCUCACUUGCAAAAACACUACCUGGUCCACACUGGAGAGAAGCCGCAUGAAUGUCAGGUAUGUCACAAGCGCUUCAGCAGCACCAGCAACCUGAAAACCCACCUGCGCCUCCACUCAGGGGAGAAGCCGUACCACUGCAAACUCUGCCCAGCUAAGUUUACGCAAUUUGUCCACCUCAAGCUGCACAAGCGCCUUCAUUCCCGUGAGCGACCACACAAAUGUCCCAAUUGCCAUCACCACUACAUCCACUUAUGCAGCCUGCGACUUCACCUGAAGGGUUACUGUUUGGCGGCGAACUCUGGCUCCGACAGUCCAAACGUUUCCAGCCAGGCUUCAUUGGAGGAGAUCCACCGCGCCAACGAGGAGAUCGAGCGCUUUGACAUAAGUGAGCAUGCAGAGCAACUGGAGCAGCUGCAGGGAGGGGUUGAGAUGGACGCCAUGUUAGAGAAGCAGGUCUUGGGGAUGGUAUGGAGGGAGACUGACCUCAAGUCCCCCCACUUCCACUCCUACCAUAACGGAAGCGCCACAGAGCUGCUGUCAGCAAGUUAUGGUGCUUAUGAGUCCCCAAACGAGACGUCGGUAAUCAAAAUGCGGCACAGCAGCCCCAUCCCACCACUUGCUGCUAACAUUACUGUCAAGAAGGAGUCAGAGGAUAUCGCCUAAAUGGCCUUUUAUGUACAAGAGACAGAUUUCAGACUGUAUGAUGGACUUGUUGCCAGGAGCAAUAGCUGUACAUAAAUACCUGGUUGUAAAAAGAAGUGACAUCACUCUGUUUUCAACCUAUCAGGGACUCACAUACUCAGGGCUGCGAGAGACACUGUCCCAUGACUACUCAGUGAUUUCAGCAUUUAUCAUUUUUAGACAAUCACCAAACGAGGAUUAACUUUUAAUGUAAUUAAUAUAAUUCUAUUACCAUUAUUAUUAUAGUAUGAUCUUUGUGUCUUCAAAUCUAUUUUGUUUUUGAUAAAUUGCUGUUGUGUAAUCUAAUUUAUUAUACUUUUUGUUUUGUGUCUUAAAAAGCAAUAAGUGAAAUGGAUGGUUGGACUGAUGGGAUGUGAACAUAAGUUUUGAUUUUUCUAUUUCUUCUUCCUGUGGCCAUUUCUCUGUAAAUAGUGGUUCUUUUCUUAUGCCCAUUAUUUGUCCUGUUGCCUCUGACCAGCAGAAACAGGGGUGUCCAUUUUUCAGGGUUUUAUCUUUUUAAAUAUUGAAACCAAAGUGGCAGGAUGAAAUGGUAAAAAAAAAAAAAAAAAAAAAAAUUUAAUUGCCAAAUUAUGGCACAUAUUUUUGUUCAUUAGGAGACAGGAGCUUUACUUCAACCCUCCUUAAUAGUUUACCUGAAGUUUGUGUCCUUUUCUGAUGCUUCCUUAAUUUAAAUGGAACAAAAAGGGCAUUUUCUUUUUGUAAAAUUUUCACAACAGUUACCUCAGUGUGUAUGUGAUGUUUGUGUGUGUGUGUGUGUGUGUGUUUAAAGGAAUAGCUU